GUUGCACCAACCACAAUUUAACGGUGGAUUAACAUUAAACCUAGAUUAACUAGCGAUCUACGUUGCACGACUUUUUAAACUGCGUCUAAUAUUACUUAAACUUAGUUUAUCUAAAACCGUCCUUGUUGGGAGUUUAAGCGAAGGUUUAGUAAAACCCGUUCCAAUGCGCAUGACGAAUAAUUAUUUUUCUUUGUUUAUUUGCAACAUAACCCAAUACCUAGACUUGCAUUAAAAUUUGAAUAUUCCAAUUAACUACGUUUGUAUAAUGGAUGAUCAGUAUGAGGAUAUAUUUGAUGAUGAUCUUCAUAUUUUGGAAGUUAUAGAAGAAGGAUUUCCAAGGCGUAUUCAUUUACGUAAAAAUUAUUUUGAAGAAAUGAGUGACUUCACAUUUUUUAGAAAGUUUCGGCUCUACAAGAAUACAGUUUUAAAUGUUCUAGAGCAAAUAGAACCUGCGCUGGAGUAUCCCAAUGAUGUAAAUAACAGUGUGUCGCCAAUUAAUCAAUUGUUAAUGGCGUUGCGCUUUUAUGCCACUGGGGGACACUUGAACGUAUUGGCAGACUUUGGAGGUAUGGAUACAUCCACCAUAUCAAGGAUUAUAGUGAGAGUUUCUGAAGCCCUGGCCAGACUUUAUCCUCGACAUGUGAAAAUGCCUGAAGACGUUGUAGGUGAGCAAGUUCGAUUUUAUGACAUUGCUCGAUUUCCACGAGCGAUAGGAGCGGUCGACGGAACCCACAUAAAAAUAAAAAAUCCAGGAGGGGACGAUGGAGAAAUAUUUAGAAACCGAAAAGGAUAUUUUUCCAUAAAUACACAAGUAAUUUGUGAUGCCGACAUGAAAUUUUCAGACGUUGUUGCUAGGUGGCCAGGAUCUGCCCACGACGCUACCAUAUUUAUGAAUAGUAGAAUUUGUGCUCGACUAGAAAAAGCUUAUCAUAAAUAAAACCACCUAAUUAAUAAUAUUAUGUAGUA